AUGGUGCGCGAAGACGGUGAGUUCGACGAAGACGACUGUGCUGAGCUCCUCAAGGUCUACACGAGGGGCGAGAGGCUGGGCUGCGGGCGCCAGGGCCAGGUUUUCGUGCUCAAAGGUGCCAGGAGCUACGCUGGGAAGAUGUUUCGAUCGGGGAGGGAGGCCGGGAGAGAGCUCCGGCUCAUGUCCAAGCUCCGCCCCUGCGCUGGAGUGGUCUCCCUCACGGGCUUCGUGAGGGAGAGGAGCGGCGGGGCUUGCUACGGGACCAUGGUGAUGGAGCUGUGCGGCCCUAGUCUGUGCCAUCGAUUGAUCAAGGGAGGGCCGCUGGGCGAGGAGGAGGCCGCCAAGACCAUCCAGAGGCUGGCGGAGACGCUCAAGGAGAUCCACUCCAGGGGCAUCGUCCAUCGGGAUCUCAAGCCGGAGAACAUCUUCGUCAAGCUGGACGCUAGUGCCGUGCACGAGGUGGUGAUUGGAGACUUUGGCGUGGCCACGGACGACAUCAAGGAGAUGUCGCAGUACUGUGGAACGGGGAAGUAUAUGGCCCCGGAGGUGGCAAGCUGCAAAGGUGGUCAUGGCGAUGGAAGCUCGCAGAGCUUGUACACCAAGGCCGUCGACGUUUGGGCGCUGGGAGUGAUCGCGUAUGAGCUGCUGAGGGGCUACAAGCUGCCCCAGCAGAUCGAGCUCUUGCGAGGCGGGGUAUUCCCGGAUGGUUCUCCUGUCUCGGACGAGGCGGAGGAUCUCAUCUGCGGGAUGCUGGCUGUGGAGCCGAGCGAGAGGCUGACGCUGGAUGGCGUGCUGGAGCAUCCCUGGAUCGUCGGUAAUUGCAAGAUCGAGACGAUGUCUCGCAGGAGGCGCUGUGGAGUGAAGAGGAGUGCUCCUGGCCAUGGUAGCGACUUGGUUGUGAAGAAAAUUCGAGCGGCAUGA